AUGCUUGCAUCCGUCUUCUUUCUAGUUUGGUACAAUUGUUUCAGAGCGGUCUCGGGAGGAAAUUUAAAUUUGAACUUUACAAGCCUAUAUCCGGAAAAUGGAGCUGUUCUUCCAAGUACUGGGAUGAUGUACUAUAGUGCUUGUUAUAGAGCAACGGUGGUGAAAUUUGAUUCAAAGCAACAAACUUUCAAAGAAAUCACUAUCCCCUCUGUCACUGGUCAACCCAACACUCACGUCUCAGGUAUUGAAGCCGACAGAUCACGUGCUUUGAUUUGGGCUGUUGUGGAUGCUGCUUCCGCCUUUGACACAAAUGGAGGUCAACUUUCAGGUCCAGCUGGACUCGUUGGGAUUGACACAAAUGAUAAAAUUCUUUAUAACGUCGAUUUGAACCCUGCUCUCAAAGAGGUUCAACGCUUGAACGGUGGUGUAGAAGUGGGUGGGGCACAAGAUGCGACAACUGAUAAUGAUGGAAAUGUAUACGUACCCGUUGCUUUUGGUCAAGCGAUCUUGAAAUUCGAUCCCAAGACUCAAAAAACUUCAGUCUUUUACUUCAAAAUGAAUCCAAAACCACAUGAUAUAGGUUAUACUGGUAUCGAAUUCGUAAACUCCAAAACCUUGAUCCUUUGGAAUAAUGUAAACAGAAGGAUAGAGACGAUUGAUAUCACUUCACGCAAGAUUAAAGCAUCUGUUCCAAAAGGUGCUCAUCUACCUAAGCCAACCGUGGUAGAUGCCAUCUAUAUUCCUAGCUUUAGUAAAGGUACUUGUUUACUCCUCAACAACGUCGUAGAAAAUCAAGUAGAAGUCAUGAAAACACGCAAUAAUUGGAAAUCGGUUAUUCAUACCGCUUCUAUCAGCACUAAAGAAUUUGAUGGAAUUUCCACUUUCACGUAUGAGAUUGAUGACAGAAUGUAUUUUGGCUCAUCAGCAAUACUUUAG